AUGCCGCCGGAGGCCGCCUCGUCGACAGGCAACGUCACCGCCCGCAUCCGGCGUCCGCUGCCGGCAGAGCGGCCGCACGUGAGGCGGUGCACCAGGCUGCUGUGCUCGGCGUUCCUCACCGUGCUCCUCAUCGCCGGCGUCGUCCUCUUCGUCGUCUACCUCGCCGUCCGCCCGCACCGGCCGCGGUUCCACGUGACGGCCUUCUCAGCGUCGGGCAUCGCCCCGUCGUCGCCAGGCGGCGCCGGCGCCGGCGGCCCCGUGGCGCUGUCAGGGCAGCUCUCCAUCCGCAACCCGAACCGGGACAUCGCCUUCUUCUAUGACCGGUUCUACCUCUCGGUGGGGUACCGCGGCGCCGACGUGGUGAAGGACCAGGCCCUGACGACGGCGCCGCUGUACCAGCCGCCCAAGACGACGUCGCCCCUGACGUUCCAGGGCGUGGCGGCGUCGGCGGCCGGUGGGGACAUGGCGCGGGACGCGGCGGAGGCCGGCGGCAGGGUAGAGCUGACGGUGAAGGUGCGGUCCAGGAUCCGCGCGCGCCUGGCGUUCUGGGGCAACCGGCACUGGCACCCGCUCCACGUCGGCUGCGAGGUGGCCGUGGGACCCGACGGCCAGCUGCUGGCCGAGUACCUGCAGAAGCGCUGCAGCAUAGACUUCCUCUAG